AUGGCCAGCGGUGGAGGGAAACAAGCGACGAAAAUUGUCUCCAAGUCGUCUGCGGGAGGCGCCGGGGCGGCGGGGGCAAGCGGCGGGCCCCCGGUAAUGCCCCUCGCCUCUCCGCUCAUGGGGAAGAAGAAGAAGCCGUUUCUGGGCAUGCCCGCCCCGCUCGGAUACGUCCCCGGUCUGGGCAGAGGCGCCACUGGUUUCACCACCCGAUCUGAUAUUGGUCCUGCUCGUGAUGCCAACGAUCCUGUGGAUGACCGACAUGCUCCCCCAGGGAAGAGGACGGUUGGGGACCAAAUGAAAAAGAACCAGGAUGAUGAUGAUGAAGAUCUGAACGACACAAAUUAUGAUGAGUUUAAUGGAUACGCAGGCAGCUUGUUCUCCAGUGGGCCCUAUGAGAAGGAUGAUGAAGAAGCAGAUGCUAUUUAUGCAGCACUGGACAAAAGGAUGGAUGAAAGACGCAAAGAAAGAAGGGAGCUGAGAGAAAAGGAAGAAAUUGAGAAGUAUCGUAUGGAGCGACCAAAAAUCCAGCAGCAGUUCUCAGAUCUAAAGAGGAAAUUGGCAGAGGUGUCAGAAGAGGAGUGGCUGAGCAUCCCUGAGGUUGGCGAUGCCAGGAAUAAACGCCAGAGAAAUCCCCGCUAUGAAAAACUCACUCCUGUCCCAGACAGUUUCUUUUCCAAACACCUGCAGACUGGAGAGAACCACACCACUGUUGAUCCGCUGCAAGGGCUUGGAGGUCUGAACACACCUUAUCCAGGAAGCAUGACCCCCGGCCUGAUGACACCAGGUACAGGAGAGUUGGACAUGAGAAAAAUCGGUCAGGCCAGGAACACUCUGAUGGACAUGAGGCUCAGCCAGGUGUCUGACUCAGUGAGUGGACAGACUGUAGUGGAUCCAAAGGGUUAUCUGACAGAUCUCAACUCGAUGAUCCCCACACAUGGAGGAGACAUCAGUGACAUCAAGAAAGCUCGUCUGCUGCUGAAAUCAGUGAGGGAGACCAAUCCCCAUCACCCGCCUGCUUGGAUUGCCUCUGCCAGGCUUGAGGAGGUGACUGGCAAACUGCAGGUGGCCAGGAAUCUGAUCAUGAAAGGCACGGAGAUGUGUGUUAAGAGUGAGGAUGUGUGGCUGGAGGCAGCCAGGCUCCAGCCUGGUGACACAGCUAAAGCCGUGGUUGCCCAGGCUGUGCGCCACCUGCCACAGUCUGUCCGCAUCUAUAUCAGAGCUGCAGAGCUGGAGACAGAUGUCAGGGCCAAGAAAAGAGUCCUCAGGAAGGCUCUGGAGAAUGUGUCCAAAUCAGUUCGACUGUGGAAGACAGCUGUUGAGCUGGAGGAACAAGAGGAUGCCAGGAUCAUGCUCAGCAGAGCUGUGGAGUGCUGCCCUACUAGUGUGGAGCUGUGGCUGGCCCUGGCCCGAUUAGAGACUUAUGAGAACGCCCGUCGCGUUCUGAACAAAGCUCGAGAGAACAUCCCCACUGAUCGCCACAUCUGGAUCACUGCUGCCAAGUUGGAAGAGGCCAAUGGCAACACUCAGAUGGUGGAGAAGAUCAUUGACAGAGCCAUCACUUCUCUACGGGCCAAUGGCGUGGAGAUCAACAGAGAGCAGUGGAUACAGGAUGCAGAGGAGUGUGACAAAGCAGGCAGUGUGGCUACCUGCCAAGCGGUGAUAAGGGCCGUCAUAGGGAUCGGCAUUGAGGAGGAGGACCGCAAACAUACCUGGAUGGAGGAUGCCGAUAGUUGUGUGGCCCAUGGGGCACUGGAGUGUGCCAGGGCUAUCUAUGCCCAUGCCCUGCAGGUGUUCCCCAGUAAAAAGAGCGUCUGGCUCAGAGCAGCCUACUUUGAAAAAAAUAACGGCACCAGAGAGUCUUUGGAGGCCUUGCUCCAAAGGGCUGUGGCUCACUGCCCCAAGGCAGAGGUCCUGUGGCUGAUGGGGGCCAAGUCUAAGUGGCUGGCUGAGGAUGUUCCUGCAGCCAGAAGUAUCCUCGCGCUGGCCUUCCAGGCUAACCCAAACAGUGAAGAGAUCUGGCUGGCUGCUGUCAAGCUGGAAUCUGAGAACAAUGAGUAUGAAAGAGCCCGUCGCCUGCUGGCCAAGGCCCGCAGCAGUGCCCCUACAGCCAGGGUAUUUAUGAAGUCUGUAAAGUUGGAGUGGGUGUUGGGGAACAUCGAGGCUGGCCAGGAGUUGUGCACAGAGGCCCUGAAACAUUAUGAGGACUUCCCCAAAUUGUGGAUGAUGAGAGGCCAAAUAGAAGAGCAGUGUGAAAGCAUGGAUAAGGCCAGAGAGGCGUACAACCAGGGGCUGAAGAAGUGUCCUCACUCAGUGCCCCUGUGGUUGCUGCUGUCUCGUCUUGAAGAGAGAGUGGGACAGCUGACCAGAGCGAGAGCAAUCCUGGAGAAGGCACGACUGAAGAAUCCCCAGAGUCCUGAGUUAUGGUUGGAGUCAGUCCGACUGGAGUUUCGGGCCGGACUGAAGAAUAUCUCGAACACCCUGAUGGCCAAAGCCCUGCAGGAGUGCCCCAAUUCAGGUAUUCUGUGGGCUGAGGCAGUGUUCUUGGAGGCCAGACCUCAGAGGAAGACUAAGAGUGUUGAUGCUUUGAAGAAAUGUGAACAUGAUCCCCACGUCUUGCUCGCUGUGGCCAAGUUGUUCUGGAGUGAGCGUAAAAUCACCAAAGCCAGAGAGUGGUUUCUGAGGACAGUAAAGAUUGAGCCAGACCUGGGAGAUGCUUGGGCUCUGUUCUACAAGUUUGAAAUGCAGCAUGGCACAGAGGAACAACAGGAAGAGGUGCGGAAGCGCUGUGAGAAUGCCGAGCCUCGCCACGGGGAGCUGUGGUGCGCCGAGUCCAAACACGUUCUGAACUGGCAGAAGAAGACGGGAGAGAUCUUAGCAGAGGUCGCCAGCAAGAUCAAGAACACAUUCUGAGAUUGGAGAAAAUGUUUGACUGAACACCUGGAAGACUCUGGCAGUCACCAGUCUAGCAGGAAACAGAUAUGGACAUGCUCAACCGUUGUUCUCUCCCAGGACUUACUCAUCUGCAGCAGAUACAGUGUUCACAUGUACCCCACCUUUUUCGUGUUCUAGUUUGUUCAUUUUUUGUUUUGUUUUCCUUAUAACAGUGGAGUCAGUUUGUGUAAUUUCAGCAGAAAAUGUGCCAAAGUGAAACCAAAUCUACAUAUAAAACUCACCCCAUCAAUGAUUGUCGUAAAGUGAAUGAAUAGUGGAAAGUGGUCGUAUUUACAGAUAUGUGUCACAUAACAUGGGGACAAACGGACUGGAGGUCUGGCCUUUGACUUGGCCCCUCAAGGCAUUAAUAUUGUUUUGAAGAUGCCCCUGUGCAGCUCCUGCUGUAUGUUUGAGGUAUUAGUCUCGCUGGGAGGUAAACCUUCUCCCAGGUCCUGUUGCAGACUGCUACAGGUUGUCCUCUGGGAUUUCCCUGUUUUACAGAAAAGCUUCCCACAGUUUGAGCUUGACCUGCUUGAUGUGGGGGAGAUGGCUUGUUUAGCAUCUGCUCUCAUUAGACUGUAAAACUUUCCUCCACUUCGUUUCACUCAUUCUUCUGAAUUCUUUUUUUUUCUUUCUACAUUCUGCUCCUCCUUGCAACACCACCAAAUAGCUGCACCUGGUGAUUCACCCAGUUAGCUGUUGUGUAAUUCUCAACAAGAGAAAGAUAUUUAUCAUACUCAAGUGCAGAUUAAAUUCAUGAAUAUGAAAAUUGGCUUUAAUUUAAUCUUCUGAUAACGUUGGAGUGGUGGCAUAAAGAUUUUGUCUUUUGGGUCCAGUUGUGUUCUCUGCGUGUGUUCACUCAUACGUUGUUUGGCCAUACUGUUGGUCCCGCUGGUGUUUUGCUGUACCAGCUGUGUGUCUCAAUGCAACAUCUAGGGCGAACUCUAAUAAUAUCUGGCUACAAGGUCAAGAGGCUUAACACUUGAGGAUGAUCAUUUUAUAUUUGUACUAAAUAAGGGCGAUUUUUGUUGGUUUGUUUUCACUUUGACUUCUAUUUUUUUGCCGUUUGGUUUCAGGAAUCAGUUUUCAGUCAAUGAGGCUGUUGUGGAAAAAAAAAAAAAGCAGAAAUGAAAAUGAAUACUGCGAAAGAGAAGUGCACACUAACACACACACACACACACACACACACACACUGAUUCCAGAUUUACAGUAUGUUUGAACAGAACCCAGAAAAUAUGAAAUCAUGUCUGUUUCUAUUUCUGAGGGAUUUUCAUGUAAGAGGUCCAGAUUUUGCUCCGUCUGUUUAGCGAUGUGUAUAAACUCCUUGUCAUCAGGAACUUUAACAUGAUUUCUCUUGUUGUAGUAAAGAACUUUCUUUUUUGUACUUAGAUUGCUUCAAAUAUGUUGAAAUACUUUGCAGCCAUCCAAUAAACAAACCACGCAGUUUA